UUGUUAUAUACAAGAGGAAUAACGAAUUUUUCCUAUCAAGUAAUACGAUAGAAAAAGAUCAUCAAUUUAAUUCCAAUUGAAAGGAAAUUUUGAACAGAGAAAUCGUACUAGAUAUACAAUUGUCGAAAUAUUGUGAAAUAAGGAAAAAGAAAAAAAAAGAAACCUCUCCGUUUAGGACGAUUUUUUAAAAACGAAAUUUCACGGCGUAGAAAACGAUUGAUAAGAAACUAAAAAAAAUAAAAAUUAACUGCGAUAAUAUUUCAUUAUCAUGCAACAAACUGAGAAAAACAAAACACAAAAAUAUACGAAUGGACCUACGCCUUCGUGGUCCACGAAAUAUCAAACAACAAAUGUCAGAGAUUCUUCGAAUGCGAACUGGAAAUAUGUUAACAAACAUAAUUCAUCCGUUCCGUCAAACAAAGAUAAUAGGAAACAACUCAAUGCGACGGCCGAACAAAUAACAAAUUAUUAUCCCUCUAUGAAUUCUUACAAACAAACUAAACGUAACAAUUAUGAAUCUCCAAUGCACACAAAAUACACGACGUUUCAAAAUAUAGAACCACAUAGAUGGACUACGCACAAUCAUACUAGAACACCUCGGAACAAACUUUACGCAACAAACAAUAAUGUCGCUAUAGUGAGAAAAUCUAUUUAUAAGAAAAACGAUUUGGAGGAUGACGAUGAAAACGUAAGAUACGCUGACGAGGAAUUGGGAAACUUCACUGAAGAUAACGCCGAGGAGGAUGCAAUUGAUGAAGUUGAGGAAGAUCAAGAAGAAACAACUGAGUCAAUUGAUAAGGAUUACGAGGAACACGAAGCUGACGAUGAAAUCGAUGAAGAAUCUGAUUCAACUGUCUUGAGAUCACCAAAAUGGCAAAGACGACCUAAAAAAGAUGGAAUAUCACAAGAACAACAAAGAUCGAGAAUAAUUAAACAACAACAACAGCAACAGCUAGACCCACGUAGGCUUCGUUAUCAACAAUACAUACAAAACUCGUACGACAGUCAUCCAUCAAGAAUAAGAUAUUAUCAAGAUCUCGAUGAUCGCGAUGAAACAGAACUUUAUACCUAUGAGGAACCCGUACGACCACCAACACCACCAAAAAGUUCUAUUAGAAGAUCAGGAACGAACCAUCAUCAACAUUGGACACCAUUUAGAAGUUCAUCCGAUCGCUACGAUACCAAUCCUUCUUUGAAUCAAUCGAUUCGUCGAUCUCAACCUAAAAAGGACGUCGAUGAUUUAUUACAUUCGGAAAAUAAAAAUACCAAAAAAUGUAUAAGAUGUGGUGCACCUUCUGGUAGCAGAUUAUCAACCAAAAAUAAGAAGAACGUUUGCAGAUUCCAAGAGUAUCCUGAUUAUAUCGUGAAAGAAUCUUUCGGCGACAAUAUGGAUGCAGUUGAUAAAAUUCUAUGCGGCCGUUGCAACAUAAACAAACAUAAUUGCGAGGAUAUCGAAGGAUCUUACAGAUCAAUAAGAUCAACUUUGCAAACUUUAAAACCACGACGAUCUAAGGGCUCGAAAGGGAUUUCCGAAAUAUCGGAAGAUUUUCCGAUAACCGAAGAUAUUCCAAAUGAUUGUAUGACCAACAGAUAUUUGAGAGACCCUUCUGCUAACACCGUUCACGAUAGGACGAGACAUUCUGCGCAAACAACAACGCGUGGACCAACCAGAUCGUUCUCUCGUUAUGGUGCUCAACAACAACAGCCUACUUAUUAAGGUUGUGUUAAAAGUUCGAGGGGAAAUUUGAAUGAAACGUCGAUCCGAAAUUUUCAAAGACGUUUCGUGUUUUGGGCGAGUGUGUAUUAUCCGGGGGGAGGAAAAGAAAAAAAAAAGAUAAGAAAAAAAUUAAAAAAAAAAAUUUUUAAAUAAAAAACCAAAUUAUUCGUAUCAGUGUGUUAACGUGAUUCUUUUUUUUUGUGAAAAGUCGAAUAAGAAAAUCGAAUGAACUCGUAUUACGUAUAAACAAGAAAAGAAAAUAAAAUAAAAGGGACAAAAAAAAGAAAACCAAAUAUGACGCUUUUGAGAAAGAUAAAAAAAAAAAAGAUGUAAUUCAAAAUAAUCUUAUUAAGAGUCAUGAGAUACUCGCGCAUCCCAAUGAUUUCCCUCCGACCGAUUGUGUAAUAUAUAUUUUUGUAAAUGUCUUCGAAACGUGUAGAUGUGUGUUAAUAAUGAGUGUUACGUGAUAUAGAAUUUCGCUAAAAAUGACGUAAAAUUAUUAGCACGAUGUACAUAUAGUGAUAACAGG